GUAACUUGGAGAGUGGAUCCCAAGGAUGCAGAGACGUAGAAUGAUAUAGUAAAUACUUCCUUUAUUUAGGUGGAAGUGGAACGUAGCCAAAGAAAACAAAAAGCGAUGGUGGAAAAUACAAAACACACCAUGAAUAAAAUAACUAUAUCAAACAAUCCAAAUUUGAACAGAAAACGCUAGACGAAGCUAGGAUAUAAAAUAAGCAAACCUGAGAGGAGCACAAAAACAGACUUGAAAGACUGUAGGUUUGUAGGAUGCCAAGACACGUGUGAGUGUACUUGCAGUGGAUACAAAGUUCCGGCCCUGACAGGCCGUCAGCACCCAGACUAAAUAGCCCACCUAAUCAGCUUUCAGGUGUGCACGAUUGCCCAGCGUCAGCUGCACUCCAGACUGUGGGCGAGAGUGAGAGUAAAACAUGAUGUGCAAAACAACACAGAAAAACAUGAAAAAUACAGUUUACCACAGUACCCCUCCCCUCAACGGACGCCACCUGGCGGCCUACCUGGCUUGUCUGGAAAUCGAAUAUAAAAAUCCUUAAUCAAAUCUUUAUCUAAAAUAAGAGACUUUGAAACCCAUGACCGUUCCUCUGGACCGUACCCCUCCCAGUCUACCAGGUAUUGGAAACCUCUACCUCUUCUUUUCACAUCCAAGAUUGUGUUAACUGUGAAAGCUGGGUGACCCUCGAUCAACCUGGGUGGAGGGGGUGGUACCUCGGGAGGACUGAGCGGGCUGGAUGAGACAGGCUUGAUGCGGGAAACGUGAAACACUGGAUGGCACUUGAGAGACCUUGGGAGGCGGAGCUUGACUGCAACACGGUUAAUAAUCUUGACGAUUUGAUAUGGUCCAACGAACCUGGGAGCCAGUUUCCUAGAGUCGGUGGCAAGUGGUAAGUCCCGAGAUGAUAGCCAGACCUCCUGUCCCAGCUGGUAGUUUGGGGCUGGAGUGCGAUGUCGGUUGGCUAAAAGUUGGUUCCUGGCUGAUGUCUUCUGUAGUGCUGCCCUGGUGUUGCGCCAAGCCUGGUGAGCUCGACGCAGGUGUGCCGUAACGGAUGGAACGUCGGCCUUAGACUGGUUAGAAGGAAAAAGAGGUGGUUGGAAACCGUAGGUGACGUGAAAUGGCGACAAGCCUGUGGCAGAACUGAUGAGGGAAUUGUGAGCGUAUUCGAUCCAUGGAAGGGUCUCAGACCAAGUUGAGGGUUGUUGAUGACAAGUACACCGAAUUGCCGCCUCCAGGUCUUGGUUGGUCCGUUCAGUCUGACCAUUGCUCUGUGGGUGGUAGCCGGAGGAUAGGCUAGGAGAGGCCCCCAGUGAUUCGCAGAAUGCCUUCCAGACGGCCGAGGAAAACUGUGGCCCUCUGUCAGAUACCACAUCAGAGGGGAUGCCGUGCAGCCGGAAAGCAUGAAGUACUAAUAGUUGGGCUGUUUCGAGGGCUGAGGGUAGUUUGGGGAGACCCACAAAAUGGGCCAUCUUUGAGAACCGGUCCACAAUGGUCAAAAUGGUGUCGUUACCUUCAGAGGGAGGCAGUCCUGUGACAAAGUCCACAGCAAUGUGAGACCAUGGGCGGGAAGGGAUGGGUAAUGGAUGUAAUAGACCUGCCGGGGCCUGGUGGGAUGCUUUGUUCCGGGCGCAGAUCCGACAUGCUGCCACAAAAGCCUUAGUGUCCGCCAAAAUGGAUGGCCACCAAAAGCGCUGGGAGAGGACGAAGCCAGUGCGACGAAUACCUGGGUGGCAAGCAAUCUUGGACCCAUGUGCCCAAUCCAGAACGCUGGGGCGGAGCCGAGGAACCACAAAUAGCCGACCUUGUGGACAGCUCCGAGGUGAUGUGUCCGACCUUAGGGCCUCUAGGACUUGCUGCUCGAUGUUCCACUGAAGUCCCCCGAUGAUGUGUCUUUGUGGGAUGAUAGGUUGAGGUGAGGAGUUCUCAGAUGACGAAGAGUAUAGACGGGACAAGGCGUCAGGUUUCCCAUUCUGAGAACCAGGUCGGAAAGUGAUGACAAAAUUAAAACGGUUCAGGAAUAGCGACCACCUGGCUUGGCGUGGGUUCAGUCUUUGUGCGGUCCUUAAGUAGGCCAAGUUCUUGUGGUCCGUGUAGAUCAUGAAUGGAAGCUCCGCCCCCUCCAGCCAGUGUCUCCACUCUUGAAGAGCCAGGAUGACUGCCAGAAGCUCCCUGUUGCCAAUGUCAUAGUUCCUCUCAGCAGGGGAUAGGCGACGAGAAAAGAAAGCACAGGGAUGCAACUUCUGGUCGAGGACGGAUUGCUGGGAGAGUACGGCCCCUACACCUGAAUCAGAAGCGUCUACUUCAACAAAAAACUGGAGAGAACGGUCAGGGUAACAGAGAACAGGAGCCGAGGUAAACAAUCCCUUUAACCUCAAGAACGCGGAAUUGGCUUCGGGUGUCCACUCAAAUGGGACCUUAGUAGACGUAAGCCUCGUAAGUGGGUCCGCGACGCGACUAAAGUUUCGAAUAAAUCGCCGAUAAAAAUUUGAAAAUCCUAAAAAUCUCUGAAGAUGCUUCCUGGACACCGGAAUGGGCCAGUCUACAACUGCACUUAUUUUAGAGGGAUCAGGUUUGAGUCUACCCUCCUCAAUGAUAAACCCUAGGAAGGGAAUGGAGGAAGAGUGGAACUCGCAUUUUUCCGCUUUGACGAACAAUUUAUUCUCAAGUAAUCUUUGAAGAACCAACCGCACCUGCUGCACAUGUUCGUCAAAAGUAGAUGAAUAAAUUAAUAUAUCGUCCAGGUAAACGAAAAGAAACUGACCUGUCAUGUCCCGAAAAAUGUCAUUAAUAAGACCCUGAAACACGCCGGGAGCAUUAGUGAGUCCAAAAGGCAUGACAAGAUACUCAAAAUGUCCGAGUGGAGUGUUGAAUGCGGUCUUCCAUUCAUCCCCCUCUCGGAUGCGAACGAGAUGGUAAGCGUUACGGAGAUCGAGUUUAGUAAAAAAUCUAGCAGUCUGUAAGGGAGUAAAAGCCGAAUCAAGAAGUGGAAGAGGGUAUUUAUUCUUGAUUGUAAUCUGAUUAAGGGCGCGGUAGUCAAUACACGGCCGUAGGGACUUAUCCUUCUUUUCGACAAAGAAAAACCCUGCGGCAACAGGUGAGGUCGAAGGACGAAUGAGACCCGCGGCAAUAGACGUAUUGAUGUACUCCUCCAACGCUUUACGUUCAGUGUUUGAUACUUGGUAUAAGCGGGUUGAUGGUAACGCCGCACCGGCUAGCAAAUCGAUGCCACAAUCGUAUGGUCGGUGGGGAGGAAGUGAAAAUGCACUAUCCUUGCUAAACACCGCUCUCAAGUCAUGAUAGUUCUUAGGCACGUUUGUCAGGUCUAUGUUCUCUAUGAUAGCGAUAGGUGGCGGUGUGUGAGAACCUGUGGCAGAACGGAGGCAAUGUGUGUGGCAAGUAACACUCCAAUUAAUAAUAGCAGCACGAGACCAGUCUAUGUGCGGAUUGUGUUUCUGUAGCCAGGUUAUUCCCAAAAUGACGGGCGCGGACCGUGAAGGCAUAAUAUAAAAAAUUAUUUUUUCACUAUGAUUACCAGACAAGUGCAAGUUGAGUGGGUGGGUCUGGUGGGUAAUACUGGCUAACAGGCGCCCAUCGAGAGAAUACACCUCUUUGGGUUCAUGCAAUUUUAUAACAGGAAUCAAAUGACGUUUCAUAAAUUCAAAGUCCAAAAAAUUGUCAUCUGCCCCAGAGUCAAUAAGAGCAGAAAUGUCUAUUUGUUGGUUAGACCAAUACAAAGUACCUUUUAGUUGCAUUCUGCCUGCGGCCAAUGGAGGAGAACGGCGACCUCUGGUGGACGUUUCAUCGGGUGAUUGCGUGCGCAAUCGUGGCCGUGUGGUAGGAUGAGGUAGUACCUUGCAGCGGGAGAUUUGAUGACCAGGAUCCCCGCAGUAUAGGCAGAGAUGAAGCCGAAGACGGCGCUCCCUUUCGGCGGUGGAGAGUCGGCGACCACCCAAUUGCAUCGGUUCGUCUCUCUGCCACGGGGGAAAGGUGUCUUCGGGGAUGAAUUGCUCCGUCUUGUAGACGUUUGGUCUGGCAGGCGCUGAGUGGCUGUUAGGCAGGGCUUGUCUCCCUCGUCGGUCCCUUCUCUCUUCCCGUAGGCGGAAGUCGAUCUGCACAGCCAGCUCGAUGAGUGAGUCCAAGUCCGUCGGCAGUGACAUCGGGAUUAAUAAAUGCCGAAUUUCGUCCGCAAGCCCCAUGAAGAAAGCGUCUAACAGCGCCGAAGGACCCCAGUCACAAUCGGCGGCCAAGGUUCGGAACUCGAUCGCGUACUCCGCGACCCGUCGUGACCCCUGCUGCAGCCGGAAGAGGGAUCUCGCUGCUUCUCUGCCUGGGAGCCGUUGUUGGAAGAUUUGUUUCAAAGUUUUGGAGAAGCUUGCAUAUGAGGAAAUGGUGGUGGUCUGACGGUUCCACUCAGCAGUAGCCCAGGUGCCUGCCCGGCCAGACAGAAAAAAAAGAAAGAAAAGAACAACGUUGCAUUGAGUUGAUGCAACAAAAAAGAAAAAAAAAAAAAAAAAAGGACGCACCUCCAUGUUACUUUGGAUAAGGACGCCGGGCAAGGACACCGCACUACACCGCUGAUGCUGAUGCUGAUCCGGGCGGGAUAGGACCCACUGACCGGUCUCUCUCUCUUUUUUUUUUUUUUUUUUUUUUAGAUCUGCACACCUUUGUCACGCAUCUGGAUGCUUUUUGUCCUUGCUUUUUUUUUUUUUUUGGAACAAGGGUGACUCACUGCGUGCAAAAGGCGAGCCUCUGCAUCCUAAUCACACAGCAGCUCAUUGACAUUACAGUCAGACUUUUCUGGAGCCCUUUUUUAUUUAUUUAUUUAUUUAUUUAUUUCCACUGCUGCUGCAUUGUAGCCUGCAAAGAAGAAAAAGGGCAAAAGGAUACACAUUCCCUCCUUUUGGAACUAUAUCUGGACUAAAAUCCACUUCAUUUAGGUGGUGUCAAUUUGCAUUCGCCAUGACUAUUCCGUUCGGAGAGUGGAUCAUGAUUAUUGCUCAGAUGACUCUGAGUGCGGCGUUGAAUUUAAAUUAGGUGUUCGGCGACCACAGAUUGCCGGGAGAGGCGGAGGAGGAGUGCAACAGAUAAAACACAAUCCGCCGAGGCGAAUGCCGAGACCUCGCGUGAUGACCAGGACUCUUUUUUGGAAGUGAUAACACGGAGCUGUAGCGGGGGACAAAAAAAUAUAUAUCAACAGGUCAACGCAGCUUGAAGCCACUUCCAGAGAGUGGGGAUGUAUCUUUCUGUUUUUUUUUUCCUCCUCUUGUGGGCUCGAGCCCUGACGCUGAAGAACUUGAAUUACUCCGUCCCCGAGGAGCAAGGACCGGGGACGGUGAUCGGAAACAUCGCCAAAGAUGCCCGACUCGGCCUGGAGCAGACCGGGCAGGGCGGGCAGGGGAAGAAAGCCAACUUCAGGGUGCUGGAGAACUCGGCGCCGCAUCUCAUCGACGUGGACCCCCAGAGUGGACUGCUCUAUACAAAACAGCGCAUUGACCGAGAGACUUUGUGUAAAAGAAACCCCAAGUGCCAGCUCUCCAUGGAGGUGUUUGCGAACGACAAGGAGAUCUGCAUGAUUAAAAUAGACAUCCAAGACAUAAAUGACAACUCCCCGAGUUUCCCCUCUGACCAGAUCGACAUUGACAUAUCUGAAAAUGCAGUCCCGGGGACACGUUUCCCCCUGACCAGCGCUCAUGAUCCAGAUGCAGGGGAAAAUGGUCUGAAAACCUAUCAGAUAACACGCGAUGACUACAAUCUCUUUUCCUUGGAGGUAAAAUCCCGCGGGGAUGGAACUAAGUUCCCAGAAUUGAUCAUCCAAAGGCCACUAGACCGGGAAGAAAGAAACCAUCACACCCUUAUUUUGUCAGCAACUGAUGGCGGGGAAUAUUCAAGGUCUGGCACCAUGCAGAUAAACGUUAAAGUUAUCGAUUCAAAUGACAACAGCCCGGUGUUUGACCAGCCCUCGUAUGUUGUUGAAAUUCCUGAAAACUCCCCUCCCGGUAAAGUCUUGAUAGAUUUAAACGCCACCGACCCUGACGAGGGCAACAAUGGACAGGUGGUCUAUUCUUUCAGUGGCUAUGCCCCAGAGAGAAUCCGGGAGCUGUUCUCCAUAGAUUCUAGAACAGGGGUCAUCAAGAUUCAGGGCGAAAUUGACUACGAAGAGAGCCCUGUUAUUGAGAUCGACGUACAGGCAAAGGACCUCGGCCCCAAUCCCAUCCCGGGCCAUUGUAAAGUCACCGUUAAAGUGCUUGACAGGAACGAUAACUGGCCCUCUAUUGGCUUUGUGUCGGUACGACAGGGAGCCAUCAGCGAGGCGGCACCUUCAGGCACUGUUAUUGCUCUGGUCCGGGUCACGGACAAGGACUCAGGCAGGAACGGCCAGCUUCAAUGCAGAGUGCUGGGUAACGUCCCCUUUAAACUAGAAGAGAAUUACGAUAACUUCUACACCGUCGUGACGGAAAGACCGUUGGACAGAGAGGCGCAAGACGAGUACAACGUCACCAUUGUGGCAAAGGACAACGGCAUUCCACCUCUGAACUCCACAAAAUCUUUCACCGUAAAGAUUUUGGAUGAGAACGACAACGUCCCGCGCUUUACUAAGUCGGUUUACCUACUGCAGAUACCGGAGAACAACAUACCGGGAGAGUUCCUGGGUUCAGUGCUUGCUCAUGACCCGGAUCUCGGACAAAACGGCACGGUGUACUACAGCAUUAUUAACUCCAACGUGAGCGGGGGUGAUGUCAACACCUACGUAAACGUGAACGCCGCCAACGGAGCCAUAUAUGCAGUCAGAUCGUUCAACUAUGAGCAGAUCAAAUACUUUGACUUCAAAGUACUCGCUCGGGACGCAGGAUCGCCCCACCUGGAGAGCAACACAACGGUGCGCAUCAGUAUUCUGGACGUAAACGAUAACAUCCCUGUCAUCGUUCUCCCGCUUCUACAAAACGACACCGCUGAAAUCCACGUGCCGCGGAACGUCGGGGUGGGCUACAUUGUCACCACGGUGAGGGCAGUGGACAAUGACUACGGCGAAAGCGGGAGACUCACAUACGAGAUCUCGGACGGGAACGAGGAGCACCUUUUCGAGAUGGAUCCAGCGACCGGUGAGGUGCGAACAGCCCACCCUUUCUGGGAGAACGCCAGUCCCGCCGUGGAGCUGAUCAUCCGCGUGUCGGACCACGGCAAGCCCACCCUCACCACCGCGGCGAGGCUCAUCAUCAAGGCCUCCAACGGACAUCCCGCUGACGGACUGCUGCAUGUCGACAACCAUCAGAAGUGGGACAUGUCCCUGCCUCUCAUCGUGACUCUGAGCAUCAUCUCAAUCAUGCUUCUGGCUGCCAUGGUCACCAUAGCCGUCAAGUGCAAACGGGAAAACAAGGAGAUACGGACCUAUAACUGUCGAAUCGCAGAAUACUCACAUCCUCAGCUGGGGAAAGGAAAGAAAAAGAAGCUUAACAAGAACGACAUCAUGCUGGUGCAGAGCGAGGUGGAGGAGCGGGAUGCCAUGAAUGUGAUGAAUGUGGUAAGCAGUCCUUCCUUGGCCACCUCUCCCAUGUACUUUGACUACCAGACACGCCUGCCACUCAGCUCACCGAGAUCAGAAGUCAUGUACCUUAAGCCCACUACCAAUAACCUCAGCGUGCCCCAAGGCCACGUGGGAUGCCACACCAGCUUCACAGGCCCAGUCACCAGCACUACAGACACACCUACUAACCGCAUGUCCAUCAUACAGACGGACAGUUUCCCCGCUGAGCCUAAUUACAUGGGAAGCAGACAGCAGUUUGUUCAAAGCAGUUCGACGUUCAAAGACCCGGAGCGAGCGAGCCUGAGAGAUAGCGGCCACGGCGACAGCGACCAGGCCGACAGCGACCAGGACACCAACAAAGGCUCCUGUUGCGACAUGUCGGCCAAGGAAGCUCUCAAGCUCAAGGCUUCGGGCGUUCGACCGCCCCCUCUGGAGCAAGACGAAGACUGUUUGAAUUGCACGGAGGAGUGUCGAGUUCUGGGUCAUUCCGACCGCUGCUGGAUGCCCCAAUUCCCAGCUGGAGGACACCAGGCAGAGGGCGUUGAUUACCGCAACAAUAUGUUCGUGCCAGCAGGGAUCGAGAGCGUGCCUGAGACGGAGACUUACGAGACGGUCAAUCCCAACGGCAAGAAAACUUUCUGCACGUUCGGCAAGGAGCGCCGUGAUCACACGAUCCUCAUAGCCAACGUCAAGCCCUACUUAAAGGCGAAACGGGCCCUCAGCCCCUUGCUCCAAGAGGUUCCCUCGGCAUCAGGCAGUCCGGUCAAGGGCUGCUCGACCACGUCUCCUUGCUCCUCGCUUAAGAGUCCAGCCGACGGGGCCGAAGGCAAGCCUCCUCCGGCCACCUGCUCCGGCUUUUACGGACCGCCGGACGGUCAGUACCUGUCGCCCACCAAACAAAGCAGGGAGCACGGGGUCUACCCGCCUUUGCCUCCGUCGGACCCGGUGGCCAAGGUGCUGGCCGAGGCACGCUCCAGAAUCAGCCAAGAGACCAGAGGAGAAAUGGAGUGCGUGCUGGAGCAGGCGGAACCCGACGCCGGCUGCGACGGGAUGGAUGCCGACCAGGUGGUGAGAGACAUCGACAAACUCUUGCAGGACUGCAGAGGCGGAGACUCCACCGGCACACUCAGGAAGUAGAGGACUGGGCGUGGACGCCAAAACCGUCACCAAAAGUAAUACAACCAUUGGUUUUCUUUUCGGAACUGAACGGUUCCGAGGCCGACGACGAGAACAAUAAUGCCGACUCUUUUUUGGCAGCGAGGCCAAGAUCAACAAGCCUGAUCCUGCUGAAUUUAUAACAGUUCGUGUUUUCUUUGCGGGGAAUUUUCAACCGGAAAACUGGCGAGCUAACGAUCUAAGUGCCCACCACCAGCUCAUGAGUUUGUUUUGUCCCUGGUCUCUCGUGAAAUCCUGUGACGGCCAUGGAUCGACCACUCCGGACGGACUUUCUAUGACAAUCUCUGUCUCGGACGGUCAAACGGAAUCUCUUCGGACAGAAACGAGCUGGUUACGCAGAAAAAAAAUAAAAAUAAACAACCGUUCACGUAUAUGUGGAAAACGUGUGAGAACUGGAGGGAAUUGGUAAUCAGGGCUUUGAGGGAAGGGGGUUAUUUUUUUGGGACCGCUCGGUAACGAAGGGGGACUGAUUUCAUGUUUUUUCACCCGUCCUUUGUAGCCACACUUGUACGCCGUGUCCGUCUCACGCUUCCACUCAAACAUUCAUGAUGCGGAGCGGCGCUGGCCGCACGCACAUCCACCUCGACACGACACGCCAACGCACUGGCAAGCACUGAUGACCUCUGCACACACACACACACACACACACACACACACACACUACCGGCCAUCUGUGUAAUUGUCGUGUACAUUGUACAUCCUCAGCUUUCCGUCUCUUGUGUACAGUGAAUUUCCAUGUGUGUGGUAAGGCCUUAAGGCAAUCACCAGUUGUAUAAAAAGGGACAUUUUUUUCCUCUCAACUGUGAAAAAAAAAUAUAUAUAUAUAUCUAUAUAAUUAUAUAGAUGCCUCUAUGUAAGAAUCCAUGUAUAGUGUCCAAAUAUUAACACAAAUAUUUAUACAUUUUUUUUUUGUAUUAAAAAGAAAAAAAAGAAUAAAAUAGCAUUAAAAUAAUGAAUCUCAGUAAAAAAAAAAAAAAAAAAAAAAA